CCCAGAUGUCAGGGAAACAUCGGACUUCUGCAGAAGUCCAGAUGAUGGCUUGGCUCCAGCUGUGGACUACGGGGUUUAUGGCCGUUACGGCCUUGUUCGUCUCCCUCGCCGUCGCCGAAGACCUUCCUGUGGUGGAAGCGGAGCAGCGAGGCCUCGUCGAUAUUGUGAAGAAGGAGACCCAUCCUGUCCUGUUCAGGCAGAAGAGAGAGUGGAUCUGGAACUCUCUCUACGUGGAAGAGGAGAAACCUGCGCCCAUCGCCUACAAGAUAGGACAGCUGAAGUCGAGCCAGCGAGCGGAGGUGAAGAACUUUAAAAUAUCAGGCGAAGGAGCAAACACCAUCUUCACCGUGGAUCGCAAAGGAGACCUGUUCGUCACCAGAUCUCUGGACAGAGAGGAGAAGAGCUCGUACCAUUUGACCGCCACCAUGUUUGAUGGGAACAACCAGCUGAUAGAGGAUUCUGGAGACUUUGUCGUCCAGGUGACGGAUAUCAAUGACAACACUCCAGUUUUCCCAAGAACAUAUAAUGGAUCCAUCAUGGAGAGGUCUACCAUAGGAACUAAAGUAGUGGAGGUGAGGGCAACCGAUGCCGAUGAUGCCAGCACCGCUAACGGAGAGCUCAGGUACUCUUUGAACCAAGACAGAGACCUUUCUGCCUUCCAGAUCGACAGCAUCACAGGUGUGAUCAGCUGCAAGACAAGCACUCUGGACCGCGAAACCAAGAGUCAGUAUGUAGUGGUGGUUAAAGCUCAGGACAUGAGAGGAAUGGCCUCAGGCAGCACAUCCACCACCACUGUUAACAUCACCGUCACCGACACCAACGAUAACAUUGCUUCCUUCACCCGAAAGACGUACGAGCUGCACGUUCCAGAGGACCACAAGCUGAAUGAGAAGAUAGGCACUCUGGAGUUGGAGGACAGAGAUCAGAUUCAGAACAAAGAGCCGAUCUUCAUCAUUCCAAAUGAAAACAACAAAGUGUUCACUGUUGAACUCAGCAGCCCCAACAAGGACGGCAACCUCAUGCUCAAACAGGCUCUGGACUACGAGACGAUGAGCAGCUACACCUUCACCGUCCAGGUGCGAGAAAACCUGAAAAACCUGCGUUUUCCUGCCGACAACGUGAACAGCGCUGUCACCACAGCCCAGGUAAACAUCAAGGUGCUGGAUGUAGACGAGGCGCCGCUCUUCUCUCAGCCCAUCUACACGUUCACCGUGGUGGAAGAACGUAUCGUGAGCAACAUCGGAACGAUCACGGCAAAAGAUCCUGACAGAGCCCACAAGAGCAUUCGGUACUCCAUCUUAGACAAGGACUGUCCGAUCAGUAUCAACCCGUUCACAGGUCAGCUGUCCACCCUGAGGAUGCUGGACAGAGAGUUGGAGGCCACACACAUGUUUCAAGUUAAAGCACAGGAGGAGCCAAGUGGUCUGGAGUCAUUUGUGAAAGUUAACAUUAUAGUUCAGGACGUCAACGACAACAAGCCUGAACUGACUGUGGACGAGAUCUUCGUCUGUGAGAACGACCCCACUAAUACGGUGAUAGGAACCUUGCGAGCCACAGAUAAAGACGACCAGCCGGCCUCCUUCAUCUUUAGCCUGGCCAGUCAGAGCUCCAACUUCUCCAUCAGAGACUACGGCAACAGCACAGCAGACAUCAUGGUGAAACAGGGUCCGUUCAGCCUGGACGACCCCAAAGACUACAGCGUGGACGUGCGCAUCAGUGACGGAGGGCAGCCCAUCCAGAACAGCAUCACCAAACUGGCAAUCAAGUCGUGUCGGUGUGAUGCCAGGCGGAUUCCUACGCAGUGCAAAGCUGGCGCUCGGAGGAUGGGAGUCAGUGUUCAUGCCCUGAUAGCCAUUCUGCUCUGCAUACUGACCAUACUGGUCAUAGUGAUCCUGUUUGUGAUGAGGAAACGCUACCAGAAGGAUUCUCUGGCCAGUAUGAAGAACAGCGGAGAGAUUCACGAGCAGCUGGUCACGUACGAUGAGGAGGGAGGAGGAGAGAUGGACACUAAUGGCUACGACGUCUCCAUCCUCACUUCCGCCUGCCACAACGGCUCUCUGCUCCGCCACCCAGACCGCCACCCCCACCCCCACCCGUCUCUCUACGCCAUGGUGCAGAAGCCCCAACACCACGCAGCACAACCCACCGCGUGCAAGGGCGACAUGGCCGUGAUGAUCGAGGUGAAGAAAGACGAGGCGGAUCACGACAGGGACGGCUUCCCGUACGACACUCUCCACAUCUACGGCUACGAGGGACCGGAGUCUUUAGCCGGGAGCCUCAGCUCUCUGGGGAGUUCCUCCACCGGCUCGAACUUGGAUUACGACUUCCUGAACGACUGGGGGCCGCGGUUCAGGACCCUGGCCGAGCUGUACGGCGUGGAUGCACCUGACUUCUACCAUCAGUACUGAUGGAGACCGUCUGCUAAUAAGCAUAUACGAUGCCAAAAUACACACACACACACACACAUCGAAAAACAGCCAUAAAAAUACACUCACACAUAGCCAGAAGCAUGCAGGAAAUAUCCACAUCCACACACUCAUAGAGCCGCGCUUUGAUGCCGUCCAUUUCUUUAGAAGAGGUUUGGUUUUUGGAGAGCUCUUUUUUCGUUGACAUGGUGCCCUUCGCCUCCUCCGAGGAGACCGCCAGGACAUGACGCCAUACGGGAGAAAGUGAGAACUAACUGCUUCACAGAUGUGCAAGAGGAUUGAUUGUUGGUGACAGCGUGAGAUCCACACCAUGAGGAUGCUUUUUUAUAUUUCCGUCACAGUGAAGUGUGAAGUCUGACAUCAUAACCGUUUUAUUCCACCUGAAAGUCCGAUCAGAUGAAGCUCCACGGCGGAUAAUCGAAGGGUUAAUCAGGUCACUGCUGGCCAGCGAUGUUGCUCCAUAUUCCUUAUGUCCGUUUGCAUUCAAUUCAUGUCUCAGCUCUUUUAUGCUGCACCAUUUUGCAUCCCCUUUUUUUACCACUAGUGACUCUAUUGCAGAUAGAAUUUUGUAUUCUGUCUUUUUUUAAAUGUGUUAUAUGUAUGCACCUAUAUUCAUCUACAUAUACACCUUCCAGUGAUGCAUAUUUCUGAAUAUAUUAAUACAUUUGGACAACUAAACACACAACGUAUCCUCAUACAACGCUUUGUAUGAUAUCUUACGAAAAGUUACUCCUCAUUUUCCGUUUAUUAUUAUUUCUGUCCUACUGGGGAUGCAAAAUGGUGCAUGUAAAAACAACUCCUUGUGCAUUUUUGCCAUACUUUUUCUGUCUUAUGCUUCUCUUUCAUAUCGACGGCUUGUAAUCUUUUUGAACUUUGAUGUUUGUUUGUUUUUUAUAUAUUUGACAAAAGAGCCAUAAACACGGCAAGAACGGGGUGAUUUUAUUUUUUUAUUUUUGAUCUGAAGUUGAUGGUUUUGAUUUGUAAAUAUGAUAUCGCUUGAAGGGGUUUUAUUGUUUGAGGUGAAAAACUUUGAGUUAAAACUCUGGUGGCUGCUCAAAGAGGUUUUGAAGUGUUUGAUCACAGCGAGAUGCCGGUUGUGUUCGCUUCAUCUGAAAUACUAAACAGGGUCGUCUUUAAGGGAAGUUCACGUCUGGAAAAACUCACGCAGUUCAUUGGCCUGUGAUGUCCAGUGGGUUAUUUUCUGAUAUACAUAUUGCAGCAAUUCUUGACCUAAGAUCAGUUGUAAACUUCCUGAUAUAGUUUUUCCAAGGUGGAAAUCCUCUUUCUGUUUUCUGAAACCAACCAUCUGAUAUGAAUGAGUUAUUUUCUCAGUUAUCUCCAGCGCUGAGGAGAGAAACGACGACAGCAGACAGACUGAAAGGAAGGAAAGGAACACUACUGCUGUUCAGACAGAAUUACAGCAUGUUCCCAGGUUUUGUUUGACAGAACCUAUCAUCGCAGUUAUUGUCGGGAUGAAAGCUCAAUCCUCGGAGGCCCACUAGAACAAAAAGUCAUUCAGACAACUCAGGAAACACCGAGCAGCCGGUCGGGCCGUGGCGAUGACUCUGAGGUGGUUUGAAUAACUUUAACCUCUCAUCCUAUAUGGCUACUGUCAGGUCACAAACCCUCGGAUCCAAAAUUAUGAUAAUCUUUAGAUGAUUUUUAGCAUAUUUACAGACACAAAAAUCACCGCUGACCAUUCAUAAACAAAGCUGGAAUCAUUUGACUGACAGAACUAUUUCUUUACUUUAGUUCGUACAAUCUUACAAUCAGGCUUAUUGAUUUGUCAAUUAUUAAUAUGAGGUCAACUUGUUUUAAUCUGGUGGUUAUUUUCUUCCAUAUUUGAUUAUUUUUUUAUCUAUGAAUGUCCAAAAAAGUUUAUCCCAUAAAGCCCAAGAUGCUGCUUGAAAAAUAUAUUUAAGAAGCAGCAACAUGUUUGGCCAAUUUGCUUAAGAAGUGACCCAUUAGCGUGGUUUAUCACAUACAUUGUUCAUUUUCUUAAUUCACUUGGGUUGCCAGGUUGUUAACGCCCAUUUAAAUGAAAGAUCCCUUUGGUUGGUUUAUACUCUGAUAAUGUGGAGGAUGUGAUAUUUCAGCCUGGUUUCACUCUCAGGGCGUCAAAUACCAACGCAUGGGCAGUACCGCUCGGCGUCUUGAUACCGACGCAGAAGUUCCCCUAUUGAACGCACCGGGCUUUCAAUUAACUCCAACGUCAACCCAACUGCAUCGUUAUUAGACGGCCAGACCAACGACGUCCUAUAAAGAGCGAGAAAGUCCACUCAGGGCGGGAGAGAGGGGUGGUGGAUUGGUCAAACGAGUCCCGUGUGAAACCAAAAGUUGAGUGAUUUUUACUGACGACUUUAAGUUUGACGCCACGUUGCGUCUGUAGCUUCGGUUUUGUUACAAACCAAACCAUGAGGUUUUUUCUAACCCUAAUCAAGUAAUUUUGUUUCCUAAACCUAACCGCCACUGUUUCACAAUACGUGAACAUUCAGCACAAAAUAAGACAAGUAGGGAUGAGAUCAUGUUGCAGAACAACGGCACCCAUGAACUGUUUGACCCCUUGUUAUCUGGGAAAAGGCUGUCGAGCAAAGAUAUUAUAUUUGCUAUAUAUCAGUGACUCAGUAACAUUUAGACAAUACCUACAGGCAUUUUGGCUUAUUGUAUAAAUGCAGGCUUUUAUAAAAGGUCAUCAAGGUAUAAGGUCACUCAUUGUCAGUAGUGACAACUUAUAAAUCAGUACAGUAAAGUGGUGCCCAUUGCUAUUAAAGUAGUCCAGUUGAUGACGCACAUUGUUCUGCUGAAGACACAGCCACGUGUCCUCAGGACAGUCCCUUUGGUUUUUUAAAAUAUUAUUUCAUUCCAGUUUAGAGAAUAUAGUUUAUUUAUUCUCCUGUUUAUUCUGUUUUGUUUGGACUUGAAGUCGCUCCGGCCUCCUUGGAAUGCCAUUUGAUAAAAUACAAUAGCUGGAAGCCCUCUCAAUGCUUUCCUGUUGGGUUCAUAUAUAUAUAUAUAUAUAUAUACAUUAUAUACACUUAGAGCAGCCAGUUCCUCCACCUCACUCUCAGUCUUUCUCUCUAUCGUUCUCCGCCACUCCUUGUUUGCCUCAGCGUAUCUCCACCACCCUCCGUCCUCUAAUCAGCUAAACCAAACAGUGGAGUCAACUUCCUGUCCAUCUGGGGUGCUCCCGCCCCUUCCUGUCUGCGUUAUCUCUCCCGUGGGCCAACACAUUGUGCUCAACUUCCUGUUAGCCCGGCGUGGGAAACAACCUUGGAGAGGAGGAAAAGGGAGCGAGGCAAGGAGAAACACGGGAUGACAAGAACCCCAGAAAGAAAAAAAGAUGAAGAGAACAAUGCGGAGCGGUGAUGAGUUCUCCGGCUGAGCAGAAACACUUCAGAGCACAAAGAUGUGUGUGAUGAAACGAUGAGACACUUUGCACACGCAAAUGGUGUUAUCAUCCUGUUUGUGAAGCUAACGCUAACGUUCAAUAAUCAAUAUAAGCCACAGGUGAAUCUUUAAACUCAUGAUAGGCAACUCCUCACCGCGUUGGCUCCGAGUGUCGGAAGAAGAAAACCUUAGCCUCUGCUUAAGUUUGCACUGAUGAUUACGUGCUUGAGCAACCUCGCUGGAGCCGCUGGAAGAAAUGUUGGCAUUGUACAUUUCUGCAAACCACGGGAUGUGUUGAAUGUCUCUGAAUCAAAAAUAUGUUUCAUAUCAGCCUCCUAUCACGCUCGCAGAAACACACAAUGCUACGUGGUUAACGCUGUGAAACGAUUGUUUAACGUUAGAAAAAAGAUCAUAGUUUGUGUUAAGAUAGUAACGUAACAACGUUAAGUGUGAAUAAAUAACCAUCGCCCCUUAGCGGACUUUCUUAUGUAACGUCACGUAACAAGUCAAUGUUUACUUCUGGUUUCACACGGGACACGAACGGCUCUCUCCUGGGUGAAAGUCCUGUGUUUGUUGGACAGAUAUAUUACGUCAAUUGCAAAAAACUUUCAGAUUCAACGUAUCCAUCCCACUGAGCAAAGACACGUCCAAAAGACAUCAAUUUAACGUCUGUGUCGACGUCCGAAGACGUCCACUGAUGAGCCUGAAUGAACGUUUUUGCGAUGUCUUUUUAACAUUCAACUAUUGAUGUCAACCUGAUUUGCACGUUUGCAGACGUCCAAAAAGACCCCUAACCAGACAUUCAAAUAUUGAACCCAUUUUGCACGUCCACCAGACGUACACAAGUGGGUCUGGACUGAUGGACGUUACACAGACAUGAUCUGAACGUCUUCCUGACUUCACAUGUUUGCAGAAACGUACAUGCCAAGACCUUUUCCUGGUGACGGGGCUGUCUUUUGUAAAAACAGAAAUAGAAGACAACUUGUCUAAACUUAUCUUGUGACAGUUCUUAUUACUGCUGAAGACAUUUCCAAAAUACAAUCCAAAAUAAAGAUGAUUUUAACUUUUAAGUCUAACCGAUAUAUUUAAGAAAUGAUGGCUUACUUUUCUUGCCAUCUUUGUGUGAGUCAAAGAAUUGAGACAAUGGAGGAAACAGAGGAAUCUUUCAGACCUGUGGCUCUCAAGAAACAAUAUUAAAGUUGUGUUUCUUGCAUUUGUUUGCGUGUUAUCACCAUUAUCAUAAUUCACUGUGAACAUCUGUGUUGUUGAAAUCAGCGGCCUGUAGAAGAUAAUGGAGCAACUCUAACAGCAACAAGUGUUGUGUGCACUUAUAGAGAGAACAUCUGAGACAUUUGGAGGGAUAGAUGGGUAAAUUUGCCAACAAUCAUAGCCAGCAGUGGAUCCAUUUUUUAGUGCUGCUCCAAAACUGUAUGUAAAACAAACCUUACAACGUAUAUUUAUGCAGCUAAAAGAGCCAUUAACAAAAUGCAUCAAUCAUUAAACUCGUCCAGAAUAUGAAGCAUGUGGUCAGACAAGGACUAACGUUGCAUGUGAUUCCUUUAGAAAAGUUUAUUUUGUGUGCUGAAUGACGUGGACAUAUUGUUUUGAAAUUAAAUUUGUUCCUUUUAUUUGCUAAUUUCUAGGCAUCUGCAAAAUCCACCAUGAUGCCAUUUUGGGGAGUUCUUUAAUAUCCGAAAAAAGUGCCAUUUUUUAUUUGUAUUUGUUGGCCAUCAACGGUUGUGUGAGAGCAUCCGUCUCCUUUAUCAAAUGCAGAAUCACUUUGGAUCCAGACAGUGAAAUGAAAUCUCUCAGGUUGGGAUCCAGGCACGAAAUAAAAGUUACUCACCUUUAUGUCAAGAAACGAAUGCUCCAUAUGUAUCAAUAUAUUAGCUUAAAAAAACAGACCUUUAAGUGAUUUUGCUUUAAUUUCAUCCGUGUGUACCUUGAGUGAAAUGUAUAUAUAAAAAAAAAACGUGCCUAAUAGUGAUUUUCCUCCGGCCUCACCUCGUUUAUUUUUAACCUACGUUAUUUAGAACUUGACACCAUCUGUUUUUAUCGCUGUAAAAAAUAACAAUAGAUUUGUUUUUCUACAAAUGAAACGGAGUCGUGUUCGAGUGGCUGCCUGAGUGAAGAUGUGAUUUUCUGUUUGUGUGUCCACUUGUGUGUGUGUUUGUGAUUGUACCCGUGUACUGUACAUAAAACUGCAUAGAAGUACAUUUUGUGUAAAUACAGUUAAGGGUCUUGAAGGGAGCAACAUGUGCCUUUAUUCUUUAAAGAAGAAAAAAAUACUGUAAUUCAUUUUUUUGAUGGCGAACACAAUGUUUUAUAUAUUGUUUUUAUGGUGUAUAGCAACUACUUUUUAUUACCUGACAUUUUUGUAAGUGUAGAAUAAAAAUAAACACUGAAAUAAG